AUGGAACAAACUACGGCUGAAACAAAUUCACAAACUGACGUCAUUACCACUGCUCUACUCACGACUAAAGAUAGUACAACUAAGCUAAUCACAACUAUAGAAGAAACUACUGCUGAAACAAGUACACAAACUGACGUCACUACCACUGCUGAAUACACGACUGAAGAUAGUACAACUAAGCUAAUCACAACUAUAGAAGAAACUACUGCUGAAACAAGUACACAAACUGACGUCACUACCAUUGCUGAAUACACGACUGAAGACAGUACAACUGAAUCAAUCACGACCAUAGAAGAAACUACUGCUGAAACAAGUACACAAAUUGACGUCAUUACCACUGCUGUACCCACAACUGACGAUAGUACAACUGAGCCAAUCACGACCAUAGAAGAAACUACUGCUGAAACAAGUACACAAACUGACGUCUCUACCACUGCUGAAUCCACGACUGAAGAUAUUACAACUGAGCCAAUCACAACUAUGGAAGAAACUACUUCUGAAACAAGUACAGUACCUGACGUCACUACCAUUGCUGAAUACACGACUAAAGAUAGUACAACUAAGCUAAUCACAACUAUGGAAGAAACUACUGCUGAAACAAGUACAGUACCUGACGUCACUACCAUUGCUGAAUACACGACUAAAGAUAGUACAGCUGAGCCAAUCACAACAAUAGAAGAAACUACAGCUGAAACAAGUACAAAAACUGACGAAACUACCACUGCUGAAUACACGACUGAAGAUAUUACAACUGAGCCAAUCACAACUAUGGAAGAAGCUACUUCUGAAACAAGAACACAAACUGACGUCACUACCACUGCUGAAUACACAACUGAAGAUAGUACAACAGAGCAAAUCACAACAAUAGAAAAAACCACUGCUGAAACAAGUACACAAACUGACGUCAAUACCACUGCUGAAUACACAACUGAAGAUAUUACAACUGAGCCAAUCACAACUAUGGAAGAAACUACUGCUGUAACAAGUACACUAACGGAUGUCACUACUACUGCUGAAUACACGACUGAAGAUAGUACAACUGAGCCAAUCACAACUAUGGAAGAAACUACUGCUGAAACAAGUACACAAACUGACGUCACUACAUUGCUGAUACACGACUGA